GGACCAAGGUAUAGUCAGUGAGUCGUGCCAAUCACUGCUCUCUUCCUCGUACAUACAGCCACAAAUUAAUAGAGUAUCGGUCCAGGCAUUUGGCUACUACGCGCCGAAGCAGCGAACACCUAUACGAGUAUCUAUCACCACGUUAGACCACGGGCGUGAAGGUCCAGCCUCUGAGAAUUACGAUCGAGAAGUACAUAAUUAGCAGCAACAGUGUCGCAGCAUUUGAGGCCACAACAUCGCACAGAGCGCGUGGGGAUCACAGUUUAGCAGUCUCACGCGCGUGGUGUCAGAUCCUCCGGCGUCUGUGUCGGUAGCAUUAUUUCACUCUCCCCCGUCGGUGUAGGAAGGGUUGACACGUGCCCCCUCAAUGUAGAGCUGUGGGAGAGAAUAUCACAGAACGUGUUGGGAUUGAUACAAGUAACUCCCGCCCAAUGUGAACCGGGGCAUUGCCGUAACAGAGGCACCGCAGGAAGAGUGAACAUCUCAGACGAGGAUUAUAGCAGCUCUGGGAUUCCUAACCGGGCCAAAGAGGGGUACGGUGAAUGCUCUACACUACUAACUCUCCCGAUCGUGGAGCGAGAGUGGGAUUUUAUUUGUGAAAUACAACCCUGGUGUACCAAACACCAUGCGUGUGUAUAUUAGGACUUGUCGUAGCACUUGGCUACUCCGGGUACAUUUAGUGUUGGUAUUCUGCCUGGGGUACGUGUGUUCCGCUGGUUACAUCAAAAUGUUUGCGGGUCAACAAACUCCACCUGAUCCUUGCUAUGAUGAAAAUGAGAAACCCAAGAGGUGCGUUCCAGACUUUGAGAAUGCUGCUUUUAGUAAAGAAGUGGUGGCAUCGAGCACCUGUGGUUCUCCGCCGAGCAGGUAUUGCAAGUCCACAACGGACAACGAUGCGAAGGUUAUCAGGAACUGUUUUAUCUGUGACGCGAAUCACCUCAAGCGCAGACACCCGCCGUCAUAUCUGACGGACCUCAAUAACCCGAACAACCUCACCUGCUGGAUGUCAGAGCCGUUUGUCCAGUACCCCCAGAAUGUCACGUUAAACUUGUCCUUGCACAAAAAAUACGAGCUCACAUACAUCAGUUUACAGUUCUGCUCUGCUCGGCCGGAUUCUAUGGCAAUCUUUAAGAGUAUGGACUAUGGUAAAACAUGGAUACCUUUUCAGUACUACUCCAGCGACUGUAAGAAGAUGUACAGCAAAGAUGCCGUCGCUGUCGUCACUAAAGCCAACGAGCAGAAAGCUUUGUGCACUGAGGCCUACAGCAACAUCGACCCCCUGGGUGGGGCCCGGGUGGGGUUCAGCACUCUGGAGGGACGUCCAUCGGCUCUGGAUUUCGACAACAGCCCCGUUCUUCAGGACUGGGUAACCGCCACGGAUAUUAUGAUUGUGUUUAAUAAAUUAAAUACCUACGGUGAUGAAACGAAGGAUGACGAGGGGGCCAGGGAGAGUUACUACUACGCUCUGAGCGACUUCGCCGUCGGUGGCCGUUGUAAAUGUAACGGUCACGCUUCUCAAUGCAUUCCAAAUCGCGAUGGGAGAUUGGCCUGUGACUGCAGGCACAACACCGCAGGGUACGACUGUGAGAAGUGUAAGCCAUUCCAUUAUGACCGCCCAUGGGCACGGGCCACCCCCGGAGAAACUAAUGAGUGUGUUGGGCGUAGUAUAAAAUACUUAACUAUUCAGUACUACCAGUUCACAGCGUUCGAGGAAGACCCGCCGCAGACUCAGAACACCACGUGCGAGAAGCCGCAGGAGGAUGAGAGGGGACCGUCGGGCACCAAUAGAAGCUGUCACGGUCCUGCUGGCAACCCACUGUGUUGCUACACAGUGUUUGAAGAGACCUCAACAAGGCCGACAAGAGGCAGUCUCAAGUUUUACUUAUAUCUUGACAAAUGGAUGGUCCAUCAUUUUAUUUAUGAAGAGGGAUAUACAGCGAUGUUUCAAGGUGAAGGGGGUCAAUUCCCCCGUCUCCACUGUGAGAUAUUGUCCCGAGUAGAUCUGGAGGAGCCUUCUGGGUUCCUUCAGAUUCUGGAAGAGAAUGUGUCUUUGUCCAAGUGA